GCAACAUUUCUGUCUUCUUUUUCUUUAUCUUACAAUGUCACCAAUUGAGUUCUUGUUACACCCUCCCUCACCAACACUGAACCAUGUCACUUUGCCGCCUAUCAGCACACUCAUAAAAGAAAUAGAUAAUCUACCAUCACUCCAAAUCCCUUCUCCAACACUCUCUUUUGCAUCUUCUGUCUCUUCACCAUCUUUAUCGCCUCUGCUAAGCCCACUCUCCAUACCAGACAUGGAUAGUCUCAAAAGAAAAAGAGGGAGACCACCAAACAGAAAAGAAAAAAAAGAUCAUUUUACAUUCAUAACACCUACUGUAUGUGAUAUCAUUCAACAUCCUAUACUUCCUCAAGAAAGACUUGUUCAAGAAGAACCUCAAGAUUUCAUGGUAUUGCAUUGGCAACAGAAAAAUAAACUUGCUAAUAGCAGCACGACGCCAAAAAAGAAGAGAGGCAGAAAACCUAAAAUACAGUUGGCAGGCAAUUUUUGCUUUGUCUGGCGUGAUCUCACUGCUCGCCGUAGUGCGAAUAAGAAAAAAAAAGAAAAGACUGCUUAAUAUACCUCCUUCUUUUUCUUUAUCCCAAAUAUGAACUAAUUAUUCUAUGUAUAAAUUGUAUGUAUGUAUGUAAAUGUAAUAAACGACUCCUUCUUUCUUGGCUCUUUUCUUUUUCUGGGCAUGCGCACAGACAGACUAAGGAGUU